AUGAAUUAUAUUGAUUAAGGUUCUGCACUGUCUAGAAAAGUGCCUAAUAGAAAAUUAUCAAAAAAGAAUUCUUUAUUUUAUUAGGUAUGAACAUAUCAUUUUACACAAUUAGUAAUCAGUAUUAGAGAAUGAAGAGUUUCUAUAAAAGUAUGAGAAGAAUGUUGAUUAAUUACAGACAGUAAUAGAAGAGCCUGAAUUGAAAGAAGUAAUAUAGAGUAGAAAUGAGAAGUUUUUUUAGCUUUUAGAAUAAAUCAUAAAGGUUGAAUCAUCUAUAAAAGACUUUUCUAAAGGGUAAUUGAAUUGGUUUUACAUAGAUAUCAAAAGUUUGGAUUUAUAAUGUCAGAUAAUGGUAUCACUUAUAGAGAAUGGGCUCCUAAUGCUUAAGAAUUGAAAUUGAAUGAAUAUAGUUGUACAACUGAUAAUGGUGGUAAUUGGGAAGCAUUUAUACCAAAAGAUGACGAUGACAAUCAUUAAAUAGUACAUGGAAGCACAUUAAUAACAAAUUGCAAUGAUUUAUAGAGAGCAUCAGUUUGGAGUUAAGUAAAAAAUGGAGAAUAAGCAAUAUUUUGGAAUCCUGAAAACAAAUAUGAAUUUCAAUAAUAAUAAUUAUAAUAGAAGCAAUAAAGUAAAGGAUUAAAAAUAAUUAAACAGAAUAUAAAUGAAUUAUAAAAUAUUCCAGGAUUUAAUGCAAUAUUAAUAACAUAACAAAUCUUAAUGGCUGUCGAUAUAAAUUAAAUUAAUCCUGAUGAAUUAAAAAAAACUAUUGAAAAUCUUCAUCAAUAAGGAUUUUCAAUUCUUAUGGAUAUUGAUCAUUAACUUAUAGGAAAAUAUUUAAAAAAUUGGGAUGGAAGUGAAUUCUAAUAUGUUCGUGAAGGUACAGAUUAAUUAGAUUAUGGAAAAUGGGAAGUAUUGAGAUUGUUACUCUCAAAUCUAUCUUUUUGGAUCUCAGAGUAUUAGAUAGAUGGAUUCAAGUUUUCAAAUAUAGAUAUAACUGAUGAUAUUGAUAUUGCUGUUUAUUUAAUGUUAGCUAAUGAUUUAAUACAUGAUAUAUUACCAAAUGGAAUUAGUAUAAUUCAAAAUUUUGAUUAUCCAGCCUUAUGUAGAACUAUUAAAGAAGGUGGAUUAGGUUUUGAUUAUAAACUCUCUUAAUUACAAUCAAAGUAAUAUUUACCAAAAACAUUAUUCCAAAUUAAUUAACAUGCAACUUAAUCUCAAUAGCUAAAUGCUUUAAUAUUAGGAUAAGUAAAUAUUAAUAUAAAUAUAAUAUAGGGAUUGAUUUCAGAUAUUAAAGAUUAUCCUUUUUUAUUAAUGGAAUAAUAAUUUGGAUGGUUGGAAAAUGAAUUUGCUGAAGUGAAUGAAAUUGAUUUUGUUAUAGAAAUUAAGAGAUCCAAAUAUAUAUUUUUGUUAAAUCUUACUGAUUAAGUAAAAUCUCAAUCUCAAUUUUAUAGAAUAGAGUAAUUAAAUUGAAUUACAAAAUUAACAAAGUAUUGAAUCAAGAAGGAUACGAAUUGAUACAAUUAGAUGAAAAUUGUACAGAAAUAUAAAUUCAAUCAGGAUAGGGAUUGAUCAUUGAAUGAUA